GGCGCAAACACGAAGCACAGGACGCUCCUGAACAUCAAGUAGCGCCUCUCUCCCACUCCUCCGCUCUCCUCCUUUCAGCAGGAGUGGCCGCGCAGUGCCACAAGUACCUCCUCUCAUCCGCGCGAAUCCGAAACCUCCCCUCUCCUCAUAAUGCCUCCAAACACCUGGAUGGAUUCCGCGGACGCGACUCGACGCACCGCUUGCGCCGCGUCUUAGCGCACGUUUCGCUCGGAACGAGGGAUGUACGCGCCGGAUGUGUUUUUUUCGCUGGUGGACCGCGACGUGGAAGGAAACGCAACUCGGUGAAAGCAUGCGGAGCGCGGCCACGUCCCUCGGCGGGAGCACCGCGGGCGCACGGCUGCGGCGGUAGGAAAAGCUGCGCUCGCGCGUUUUCAGGGGGGAAAUCCUUCGAUGAGGAAACAAAGAGAAGCGAUGGUAGAGAAUGGCCGCACCUGACCUUCUGGACCCCAAGUCUGCAGCCCACAACUCCAAGCCUCGCCUGUCCUUCUCGGCCAAACCCGUGGUGCUGAACACCCCCGAGGACGAGUGCGACACGCGGCCCACCGUCAUGAGGUGGAAAACCGUGUCGGCCAUCUUCUUCCUGGUGGUGCUCUACCUCAUCAUCGGCGCCACGGUGUUCAGAGCGCUGGAGCAGCCUCAGGAGAGUCUGCAGAAGCUGGCCAUCCUCACGGAGAAGCUGGACUUCUUGACCACGCACGCCUGCGUGAACUCCUCCGAGCUGGAGGAUCUGAUCAAGCAAGUGGUCUCAGCCGUCCGGGCAGGUGUGAACCCGUCAGGAAAUUCCUCCAAUCAGACGAGCCUCUGGGACCUGAGUUCCUCCUUCUUCUUUGCUGGGACUGUUAUCACCACUAUAGGGUUUGGGAACAUCUCCCCCCACACGGAGGGAGGACGGAUCUUCUGCAUCAUCUACGCUCUCCUGGGGAUUCCCCUCUUUGGGUUCCUGCUGGCCGGUGUCGGGGACCAGUUGGGGACCAUUUUUGGGAAGGGCAUCGCCAAAGUGGAGAAGAUGAUCGUGAAGUGGAAAGUGAGCCAGACGAAGAUCCGCGUCAUCUCCACGCUGAUCUUCAUCCUGUUCGGGUGCCUCCUCUUCGUGGCGCUGCCGGCCGUCAUCUUCAAGCACAUCGAAGGCUGGAGCACGCUGGAGUCCAUCUACUUCGUGGUCAUCACUCUCACCACCAUCGGCUUCGGGGACUUUGUCGCCGGUGAAAAAGGUGGGACUGAGAGUCCAGAGUACCUGGACUACUACAAGCCUGUGGUUUGGUUCUGGAUCCUGGUGGGCCUGGCCUACUUUGCCGCGGUGCUCAGCAUGAUCGGGGACUGGUUCCGGGUGAUCUCCAAGAAAACUAAAGAGGAGGUCGGGGAGUUCCGGGCUCACGCCGCCGAGUGGACGGCCAACGUGUCGGCGGAGUUCAAGGAGACGCGGCGGCGGCUCAGCGUCGACAUAUACGACAAGUUCCAGCGGGCGGCGUCCAUCAAGCGCAAGCUGUCGUCCGAGCUGGGCAUCAACGCGUCCCUCAACCAGGAGAUGACGCCGGGCAAGAGGACGCUGUCGGCCAACCUGUUCGACGACAAGGAGGCCUUCCCCGGCCUGAGCCUGUCCCUGACCCCCGCGCCGGGGACCCUGGCCCGGAACGGCAGCCUGUACCUGAACGGCCUCAGCCCCGACUACGCCGACCGGCGGGAGCUCGCCGUCAUCGAGAACCUGAAGUGAGCGGCGUGAGGGUGAAAAACAGACAUCAUCUUGAGCGGUCGGUGAUGAGGCACCCGUCCGUUCAUUCAGCCGCCGGCUGGGAGUAAGUCACUGAGCUGCACUUCAGCCCCCGCUUCCAUAACCCGCGCCGACAUCAUCGCCAGCCGAGCUGCUGUUUGAGAGGAGCCUGCGUUUGAGCGGCCUGGAAGGACAGAGCGGCGGCAUCUCUUCUGUCACACGGCCACAAACGAGCCUGCGAACACGGCAGCGCGUUGGUCUCGCUUAGAAAAGCAAUAGACGCGUCCGUUCCCGUCGCUCCGGAGGCUCUCCUGAAAUCUGCAUCAGAUGAGGAGAACCCCCCCCCAGACGCUCUGUUGUUACCAAUGGACUCCAAGGAUUGUGGCUUUUUGGUUACGUUUACACUUCUUACUAUGGAUUUCUAGGCCUUGUGUUCGCUGCUCAGUCCGGCCUCACUGAAGAGACGAAUGUUGACAUUUUUCGGUCCCUUUCGCGACUGAUUUCAGCUUUUCACACUAAGGAGUUUAUCCACUCGUGCCUUAAUGAGCCGCCAUGAACAUGGAGGCUGGCAGUGCAUGAAAGGCUGAGCCUGAUCUGAAUCCACAAGCACAGCAGGGAGGAGGACAACUAGGAGGCAUCCUGGACCAUUAGGACAAUUGAAGCCAAUGCAGGACCCUGCUUAAAGACAUUUCAGGUGGACGUGAGGUUUGAGAUGAGGCACAAAAUGAGAGAGUGUCACCGCGUUGUCUUUGUUUUAGGGAUUAGCGACCGCUCUGAAAGUGCUGAGGUACUUAGAUUAACCACACAGUGCCAGGCUCACUGAACAACCCCCCCCCCCCCCCCCCCCCCCCCUCCCCUAUACCAAAGCAUCAGUCCUGCUCUUCUGACGGAGGAAACAGGGAGAGGCCUUCGCACUGAUCACAGGAUCAGGAGCUUUGUGUCCAGCAGGGUUUCAGAAACGCAGACCCAGCGUUUCCUCUUGAACCUCAGAGACAGAACCUGAAGCGUCGACUCGUUUCAGCUCUAAUUGGAAACGACUCCCGCACACGAGUCCUGAACAGUAAAAGUUACGGGGAUGAAAAGCAAUCUUUACCUCAGUGCACUGCGUGAUCAGAGGGAAGAAUGAGGCGUCACGUCUCGCAGUGACUCGCGUCGAGACUUUAGAUGUAAAUUGUGUCUGAAAUAGAAUAAUCAACCGACAUCAGUGCAACGCUGCAGCAGCUUUGGUGUUGAUGAAAUAUUUCGACGAAUACAACUUUGAAUGUUUCUUGAACGUGUUUUUUUUUCUUACUGUCAUAAUCAAUGACUCACCACCGGGAUCGUAGUUUGUAGCUUUAACGAACACAUUUAUAACACAGGUCAGUCGUGCGGGAAACCAGAUCGACCCGCUCUAACAAAUGAAUCAUUUAGAAGCUGCUGUGCGGAAAAGUGUGUUCUGAGCACAUUUUGGUUUUGUUGCAGUGUUUUUCCUGGCAAUAAGUUUUGGUAUAUUUUUUAUACUGCAGCAGUUGGUCAAAAGAGUCACACGUCCUGCAUAGAGAAACAUCUACUGAAUGUAUUUCAGUGUUUGCGCGCUGCUCAUCCUAAAACAAGCUCUCUAGCUCAAUGUGUGCAUAUGAAAUCACUUCUGCACUUUCCGUAAUUCGUCAGUUCAGUUAGUUAUUAAAGUUAUAGGUUUCGAUGAAACAGUCCAAAUGCAUCACGUAAAGACCAUAUGAUGCAUUUUUAUGAUAAACCUUUAUACAUGGAGGAACAUGUACAGUAGAUAAGCAUCAGCUACAGGUGAUGGGAGUAAUUCAUUACUAUCCGACUGCCACAGAUCACACAGUAUUCCGUUCACCUCUGUUUCCUGUCUUCCAGUCACUUGCCUCUGUUACCAUUAAAACUGUGCACAAAGGUAGAAAUCCCAGCGUGAGGAACAGCUGCUGUGGCGCCAUUCUGAAUCUGCAAUGUAACUAGAGCUGCGGCUUCACAGUGUUACACUUGCAAUACAUAAUGAAAGACGGAAUACUAAUUCGCCGAGGGAGGCAAUCCUUUCAAAGUAAGAGCCCCGAUAAAUCAUCCAGUAACCGUUUCCCAGUAGGCUGUGAUUGACAGCCGCUAGGAGGCGGGCUGUCGCUGCGGGGCAGCGUCAAGCAGCGUUACAUAAUGCACGCGGACGCACGCGGUUGUUUACGUGGCGGUCCCGCGAGGUGUGCGUGAACGCGUGGCGCUGCGUUCCGGGGAACUCGCUGCGUUUCCACCCACACAGGCGUCGGCCCCUCCUCGUCCCAGGGUGACGAGUUUUUAAUUAAGCCCGUGGCUCGCGUCGAAACCCCAGUCGGCGGAUGCUGAAUGUGUCUCUCCAUUGAUGAUGGUGCAGAUGAGCCUCAUAAUGAAUGUACGCGCAUUCAUGAUUUAGCAUUGUGAUUUAUGUAUGUGCCGAGCAGUUCAUUCAACCCAGCGGGGCACAAAACAACCCUGGGCCCUCAAGUCGCUGGCUUUUUCAUUUAAACAUGAUUUAGUCAUAACGGUAAAGGAAUGUUGUCAUGCACAUGCAGAAAUGUGUGAACUGUGCUUCAGUGAAACCAUCAAUUAUGGUUUGAUUUGCAUAAAAUGUCUUUUAAAUAAGACUCGUUAUGUCAGUUCUGAUAAAUUCGCCUGUAAAGACUGUACAUGUGAGGAGGUCAUGUACACAUAAGGACAUUUAAUAAAUGAACAUGAUUACAA